AUGGACAAAUGCUCAGCAUCUCCUGUUCCAAUUCAGAAAGGAGACAAGUUUAGUCUCAUGCAAUGUCCUAAAAAUGAUCUGGAACAGAGACAAAUGAAGGAUGUUCCUUAUGCAUCUGUUGUUGGGAGCUUAAUGUACGCUCAAACGUGCACAAGGCCAGAUAUUAGCUUUGCAGUUGGAAUGCUCGGUAGAUACCAAAGUAAUCCAGGAAUUAUUCACUGGAAGGCUACAAAGAAAGUUCUGAGAUACUUAUGUGUGGAUACAAGAAAGUCCACAUUUGGCUAUGUAUACUUGCUAGUCGGCGGGGCAAUUUCAUGGAAGAGUGUGAAGCAGUCAAUAAUUGCUGUGUCCACUAUGGAAGCUGAAUUUGUAGCUUGCUUUGAGGCUACAGUUAAAGCUAAUUGGUUGCGGAACUUUAUUUUCAGGACUUGGAAGAGUCAACAGUAUUGCUAA